UUGUUGCUCUUGUUAAGUUAGUUUUUUAAGCUUGUGCAGUUAGUUGUGCGAUUUUGUAAAUUAUAAAUAAGAGAAAGUAAAAUGCAAAGCAUCGGAUGGACACUGAUUAUGAAACGUGGCUGCUUUUGCAGCCGAGAAACCCUCAACAUCAACGGCUCCCGCUAUCGAGUGAAAGAACGUCUCGCCCAAGGCGGUUUCAGCCUGAUUGACCUUGCAGAGAAUACGACAACGCAUCGGUGCUAUGCGAUAAAGCGAAUCACUUGCCACAGCAUCGAGGAUCAGAAUAUCGCACUGCGCGAAAUCGAGAACUGCCGCAAAAUCGACUCGGAGAACGUGAUACGCGUCGUGGAUUAUGAGCUGAUUGGCCAGGCUGACAUUGUGAUAAAUACGACGAGCAAGUUGCUCAUUGUAUUGCCCUACUACAAACAUGGCUCGCUUUCGGAUCAUUUGCAAAUGCGAGCCCGCAAACAGGAUCACAUGCCGGAGGCGCAGAUUCUGCAAAUCUUCUUGGGUAUCUGCGAGGGUCUGCGCGCCAUUCACGAAACGAAGCCGGUGCCGCUGGCGCAUCGUGAUUUGAAAACUGCCAACAUCUGUUUAUCGGACACAUUCGAACCCAUCAUCGUAGAUCUGGGCUCCAUGACGGAGGCUCGUCUGCAGAUCUGCGGCCAAACAGAUGCCCAGCGACUGCAAGACGAGGCCGAGGAGCGCAGCUCAAUUGUUUAUCGUGCUCCCGAGCUGUUCACGGUCAAGACUUAUUGCACCAUCGAUGAGCGCACAGACAUUUGGAGUCUUGGAUGUGUGCUUUAUGCGAUGUGUUACUUCAACAGCCCAUUCGAUCCCAUUUAUGAGCGUGGCGACAGCGUAGCUUUGGCCGUGCUCAGCGGUAACGUCAACAUUCCAGAAGAUUCCAUAUACACGGAGGAUAUGCACGAGCUGAUCAAGUAUAUGUUGCGCAUUGAUCCCAUGGAACGGCCUUUUAUCUACAGCAUCAUUGAACAGACUCACGAUCUUAUACAGAAACUGGAGGGCCGAGUGUAGCUUGAACCUCAAUUCCAACUCAAUCUAAGUACACCGCUAUACAUAACUGUUUUUUGACUACGUUUUAUUGUAAUAUAUAUAAACAUGCACGUAUUUUGUGAACUUAACA